AUGGCGCAGAAGGCAGAGAGAACGCCCUCUACUGACAGUGCCAAAACCGCCCAAGCAGCUGACGGAGCUGCUCUUAAGCCUGCCCUCCGGAAAACAGCAGGAGAAACACCAAAGAAAUCAAAAAGCAAGAAGUCCAAUGAAGAAGUAUACACAAACCUGCUCAACAGUGUUUUUGGACAGGAGAGAGAGCUGUCCCAACCAGAACUGGAUGAGUUGGCGGAGGCCUUUAAGGAGUUUGACUAUGAUCAGGAUGGCUACCUGAACUAUAAGGACCUGGCCGAGUGCAUGAGGACUAUGGGCUACAUGCCCACGGAGAUGGAGCUGCUAGAGAUCAUUCAGCAGAUUAAGAUGAGGUUGGGCGGUCUGAUGGAUUUCGAUGAUUUCUGUGAGCUGAUGGGGCCGAGGAUGAUGGUGGAAACGGCUCAUAUGCUUGGACUGAAAGAACUAAAGUCCUCCUUUAAACAGUUUGAUACAGAUGGUGAUGGGAAGAUCACUCUGGAUGAGAUGAAAGAGGCAGCAAAGACUUUAUUGGGAGAGAAACUGAAGAAAGGAGAGCUAGAGGAGAUUCUGAAGGAGAUGGACCUCAACGGAGACGGCACUGUGGAUUUUGAUGAGUUUGUUAUGAUGCUGUCAGUGCAGUAG